UGUAGAGUGCUCGAGCGAGAUCGGAGCGGCAAUCCUGAGCCUGAGGUCGAGGAACCGUACAAGUAGGAGGAUUUGUAUUGCUACAUUAUGAUUGACGACCAAGACCUUGGAUUUUUUGCCAAUUUUCUUGGCGUUUUUAUAUUUGUUCUAGUAAUUGCUUACCAUUAUGUGAUGGCUGAUCCAAAAUAUGAGGGGAACUGAGAACUUGUUUCGUGUUUGCAUACAGAUUUAUCACUAUUAAGUGCAACCUUAUGUGGCAUAUUUAUAAUGUCAAGUUUUGUGACUGAACUAUGUAGCAAAGUAGAGAAUUGAA